GGGGGGGAGACUGUCUGGAUCUGGGCGGAGGAGAGGGCAGGGGAUUGAGGCACCCUCUGGGUGUCCCCGCCCGCUCCCGCUCUCCGGCGCCCUUCACCAUGGACUUGCGCAGAGUUGGGACGGACCACUGCAGCCACCGACAGACGGCUGUCGGGCCCCGGGACUCGGCAGGUACGCGCGAGUGGAUGGAGAGGUAGGAUGGCCGCGCAACGCGAUCUUCGCCGUCCCCACGCAGCGGUCCCCGGGCGGUGCCGCUGACUCUGCGAGCACACAGGGGUGUGGGCGGAGGCCGCCCAGCCGCUCCCGCGCCUUCGCCAGUCGCUUCGGCUCUUACACCCACUCGCACCUGCCGCUGCGCGGAUACCAUGUCGAAGGCGGCUGGAGGCGCGGCGCCGGCGGCGGAAAGUUGUCCCUCGGCUCCGGCCAGCGUGUCCGCAGCCACGGUCGUGGAGGAUCUGUCUAAAGUGACGGACGAAGAGCUGCUUCAGUGGAGCAAGGAGGAGCUGAUCCGCAGCCUGAGGCGCGCGGAGGCCGAGAAGGUGAGCGCGAUGCUGGACCACAGCAACCUCAUUCGUGAGGUCAACCGCCGCCUGCAGCUGCAUCUAGGCGAGAUCCGAGGGCUCAAGGAUAUUAACCAGAAACUCCAGGAAGACAAUCAGGAACUAAGGGACCUGUGCUGCUUCCUGGAUGAUGACCGGCAGAAAGGCAAAAGAGUGUCCCGAGAGUGGCAGAGAUUGGGUCGCUACACAGCUGGAGUGAUGCACAAAGAAGUGGCCUUAUACUUGCAGAAGCUGAAGGAGCUAGAGACGAAGCAGGAAGAAGUGGUGAAGGAGAACAUGGAGCUCAAGGAGCUCUGCGUGCUGCUGGAUGAGGAGAAGGGGGCAGGAUGUGCCGGCAGCCGCUGCUCCAUCGACAGCCAGGCUAGCUUGUGCCAGCUGGCUGCCUCCGCUGCACCCUAUGUGCGGGAUGUGGGUGAUGGCAGCAGCACUUCCAGUACAGGCAGCACUGACAGUCCAGACCACCACAAACACCAUGCCAGUGGGGGCAGUCCUGAGCAUCUACAGAAACCCCGGAGCGAGGGCAGCCCAGAGCACACCAAACAUAGGAGCACCAGCCCUGAACAUCUACACAAACCCAGGGCUUCCGGGACCGCAGAUCACCCCAAAACACUGAAAGGACCCAGCCCUGAGCACCACAAGCCCUUGUGCAAGGGCAGCCCAGAGCAACAGAGGCACCCUCAUCCAGGGAGCAGCCCAGAAAUGCUGCCUAAGCACGUGUUGAGUGGGAGCCCUGAGCAUUUCCAGAAGCACAGGCCAGGGGGCAGCCCAGAACAUGCCAGGCACAGUGGAGGGAGCCCUGAGCAUCUUCAGAAACAUGCCCUUAGUGGGAGCCUGGAGCACCUCCCCAGACCCAGGGGAACAAGCCCAGAGCAUCUUAAACAGCAUUAUGGAGGCAGCCCUGAUCACAAACAUGUAGGUGGUGGUGGAGGCAGCGGCGCGGGCAGCAGGGAGGGCACCCUCCGGCGGCAGGCUCAAGAGGACUCAUCACCCCAUCACCGGAAUGUCUACAGUGGCAUGAACGAAUCAACCUUGUCCUAUGUUAGGCAGCUGGAGGCCAGAGUCAGACAGCUGGAAGAAGAAAAUCGCAUGCUGCCCCAGGCCACCCAGAAUAGAAGUCAACCUCCAACUAGAAACAGCUCAAAUAUGGAGAAAGGCUGGGGGCCCAGAGCCCGGCGGGUCUUGCAGUGGUGGCAAGGGUGCCGAGGAAUAGGACGAUGCCUGCCCUCUUUCCCGGGUUCUUUUAGGUUGUCAUCAGGGGCUGAUGGGAACAACAGUUCCCCCAACUCUCCAGCUAGCUUCAGUGGACAUAACACACCUUCUCAGCAGCCUGAGCCCGUGGUACAUUCUCUUAAGGUCUUGGAUGUUCAGGAAACUAUAGAUCGUCAACAGGGUAAAGAGUAUGACCAUGACCUUAGUGAGACAGAAAAAGCUAUAGUCAGAGAAAUGUGCAAUGUUGUGUGGAGGAAACUUGGAGAUGCUGCAGGCUCAUGUCCUGGAAUUAGGCAACAUUUGUCAGGAAACCAGUACAAAGGACCUAUGUGAGCAGCAGCACUCCUGCUCACAGAGAGAUUACAUGAGAUCACCACUACUGGAGAAAGAAAGAAAAGAAGAAAAAGGAAAAAAGUUGAUUUCUACAAAAAUGGGACUCAUGGCAUCACAUGGAGUGAUUGUACAUUGCACAUAUCUC